GCCUGCCGAGAGGAUAUGUGAAUGUGCGCCAGAGAGCAGCCUGCUAGAAGGCGGAAAGUCAGUGACUCCCACCUCCUCCUUCCAGCGGCAGAACUCCAGGGCUGCCUGGCCAGGGAUCCACAGACACCUAGCCUCACACCAUGGGGACAAUAAGGAUGGCUGCAGUUUGGGAUUAUUAUAGAGCACACAGAAAUCAUUGCAGUGUACAGCCAUGGGCAGGGAACCUUUGAUCCUUCAUAUUUUAUUGGAUCUCAAAUAGGCUAUCAGCAUGAAGAAAAAUCUGGUCAUCGUGGCUUUACCGUUAAUCUUCAUUCUUCUCAUUUUAGUGAACGCUCAGGCUUCUAUGGAUUUAAGGAAACCUCUCCAGCCAGACCAGAUAAAAUGCAGAUCUUAUGAGAAAGAAACAUUUUCUUGCUGGUGGACACCAUGGACUGAUGACGUACUUCCAACAAACUACAGUCUGUUCUACAGAAAAGAAACUGAUGAAAAUGCAUAUGAAUGCCCGGACUACCGCACAUCUGGGCCAAACUCCUGUUUCUUUGACAAAAAGUAUACCUCUAUUUGGAUAUAUUAUUUCAUAUACAUAAAAGCAACGAAUGCGCUGGGCACUAAUGUGUCUGAAGAUUACCCUAUGGAUGUACAAAAUAUAGUUCAAACACAUCCUCCUAUCAAUAUUACGCUCACUGUUGAUAAGGAUAAACCAAAUCUCUUGAUAAACUGGCGUCCACCACAAACUGCUGAUGUGAAAUCUGGAUGGGUAACCCUUCAAUAUGAACUAGAAAUAAAAUCUGAGAAAGACCAUGAUUGGGAUAGUCGGGGUGUGCAUAAACAACUAUUUCUGAAGUUGGUCGGUUUAAUGCCUGGCGAUACAUACGUUGUCCGAGUUCGAUGCAAGCCAGACAAUGGACCUCUGUGGAGUGAAUGGAGUGAUGAGAUGUAUAUCACAAUGCCUGGAAAAAAAGAUUUUACACUGUGGAUAUCAAUUGGUGUUUUGUCCUUUGUGAUCUGUUUGACAUUGAUCUGGACCAUGGCGUUAAAAGACUGCAGUUUAAUGGCCUGCAUUUUUCCACCUGUACCAGGACCUAAAAUUAUGGGGUUUGAUACAAAGCUCCUUAAGUCUGGGAAAUCUGAAGACCUCCUGAGUGCUCUAGGAUGCCAAGGAUUCCCGCCGACAUCAGAUUGUGAAGAUUUACUGGUGGAAUUUGUAGAGGUCGAUGAGAGCAAAGAACAUCUGAUUACAAGCCAGGACAGAAGUCCACAAGGACAACAUAUAAAAGUCUGCCCCGUGGAUACAGAUAAUGACUCUGGAAGGGGAAGUUGUGAUAGCCCCUUUGCAUUUUCUGAGGCUUGCAAAGAACUUCGAGGUCUUCCACCAGAUGUGGACAGUGACAUCAAUGACCAUUCUACAAGAAAAAAUCCAUGGCCACCUCAAAGCGCCAUGAUGGGAAGACCUUGUAUAAACUUUGCAGAUAGCAAGUCUUAUGUUUGGCCAGAGAGUUCAAUAUGUGGUAGUCAGACACCAAGGUCAGCCUACCACAAUAUAACAGAUGUUUGUAAGCUGGCCCUUGAGGCCAUGAACGCCAAUGUAUCUGCAUUUUUAAUGCCAUAUGAGGACAAAAACCAGCCAAGAUACUUUAAAACAAUAGAGACCGUUGAUGAAAGCAAGCAGAGUGAGCUGAAAGAUAUGUAUUCCAAAGGUUCCGAACCAGACCAGAUGCACUUGCUGUCUAAUGAAAAUCCACCCUUUAUGUCUGCUAGAACAGUGGACUAUGUGGAGGUCCACAAAGUAAAUCAAAACAAUGCACUAGCACUCAUACCAAAACACAAAGAAAAUAGCAUCAGGACUGACCAAUUUUCUGCAUCAUUCCCCAACAGGGAAUACACAAGGGUGGAAAGAGUGGAAGGUAACAGUGUUUUUGUGUUAAUGCAGGAUCUAGAAAAUCAGGGAAAUUCUAUGAACAUUGAGACAAUGAAGGAAUACACUCAAAAGUCCCAGCAAAACCCAGCUGAACAAAUCACGGGCUUUUACCCACCAGCGGUAAAUGAAGGCAGAAUUCAGACAGGUGGAUGCAUGGGUUAUAUGGAUCCUUCAAGCUUUUUAUCAUAAUAUAGUGAUAUCUUCGGUAUAUUUUGCUUAAUCAGACAAUGUUGCGCAGUAAUACAAACACAAGGAAAGAUUAUUGGUAUUUAUGGGUAAAAAUUAUAUAUUUUUCUGUUUUAUUUGA